AUGGACUUUGCGUUCGAUAUUCCAGACUCCACCGACUGGCUCGCCACGCCCAUAUCAGGUCUCUCCCGCGUCGAAUCCGCCUUACGAUGCCAGGUCUGCAAGGAUUUCUUCAAUAACCCCGUGAUAACCUCCUGCUCGCAUACGUUCUGCUCGCUGUGUAUACGACGGUGCCUGAGUGCCGAGGGCAAGUGCCCUACCUGCAGGUCAGAGGAUCAAGUGGUAAAACUAAGGCAAAAUUGGGCAAUCGAUGAAUUGGUGGAUUCGUUUAAGAAGGCGAGGGGAGAUAUCUUGGACUUUGUUCGAAAUGCUUCUGCUACGACUGAGAAUGGCGCGGAUGAGGAGCACACGUCUAAGAGGCGAAAAAUAGAGGCGCAAGAAAAUGACGGGCAGAGGAGGAUUGCGCAGCGAGAGAGCGGGAGAAGCCCCAGAAGAACUCGGUCGCAAGGCAGACAGACCUACAAUGAAGCGUCGUCUACGCCUAGCGCACCGAUGGUUAUUGAAGAUAGCGAAGAUGACAGCUACGAACCAAGUACAACCUUCCUCCUUGUUGAUGCAAUUCAAUCAUCUCAGCCUUCUAACAAUACAUCAGAUGACGGUCUAGUUGCUUGCCCAAUUUGCGAAAGCAGAAUGAAGGAAGGUGCCGUAUUUUCCCAUCUUAACAAAUGUCCUGGGCCUCCUGCACAACAGGAAUUUCAAUCCACUUAUAGCCUCAUGACGGCUAGGCCUCCGGAACGGCUGCCCACCAUAAAUUAUCCUCUCAUGAAAGAGAAUAUCCUGCGCAGAAAGCUGAAAGAUCUUGGGAUUCCCGAUUUUGGCCCCAAGCUGCUUCUCCAAAGGCGUCAUACUGAAUGGGUAAACUUGUGGAACGCGAACUGCGAUUCUAGGCACCCUAAAUCGAAACGAGAGUUGCUCCGUGAAUUAGAUAUUUGGGAACGAACCCAGGGUGGUCAGGCACCAUCGCUAUCCAGGGAGCAGGCGAAUACGAUCAUGAAAAAGGACUUUGAUGGAGCUGCCUGGUCAGCGGCACAUGGCGACGAUUAUAAAAGGCUGAUUGAGAGCGCUCGAGAGAAACGCGAAACCGGAAUUAGUCCUAUACCGUCCGACUCUCGGCCAACGGACAAGGAAAAUUCCCCGACGAUUACCAGAAGCUGCAGUGAACUUCAACCUAGCCCUAGGCAUAUCGAAAAUGCGGAAAGUUCCAGCAAAAUAGAAGAACAGAGCUGCAUGGAUAGUAAUACCGAAGCGCAGCCUGCAUUCGAGAGUAGUAGCCAGAGAAUCGUUGUCGAGGAUACCGCCGCAUGA